AUGUAUAGGUUUAAACUUUCGGAUCAUCAUUACUGGAGGAUUUUUCAACACUAUAAUAUCCUUAUACAUUUUCUCAAGGAAGGUGGUAGUGUCUUUGGUAUCGUUAUAAAUUUGUGCACGGAUAAUGAUGAAAAAUGUCGCCUUUACUUGCAAUCUAUUGCCAACGGGUAUUUCAAUUUUGUGCAAAAUAGCAUUGGUUGUAAAAGUGCAGCUAGAGAUAUCCUAGAUGAAGCAAAGUGGAUUUGGAUGGAAGAAGUUGCAAAUGCAAACAAUACCAAUUACAGAAUUGUUUCUAAUACCGUUUUCGAAGAAGAGUUAGACUGUUCAGAUAUCGUAUCAUCACCAGACUACAAGCUGCUUGUGUGCUUACAUGGACAGAGAAUUAAAGUCUUUAAAUUGCCAUGUUUGAUAUUUAUCUUUGAAUUGAAAGUGAAUUGGACGGAACAGUCUUCCAGAUUUCUUACAUUUUCUCCAGAUUCCUCUUAUUUCUUAUCCAAUUCAGUCAGGUCUUCUAUCUGUAUUCGAGAACAAAAGGAAGUACCCUUUAUCCCACAUGGGCCUGAUAGUAUUCGUUCCUGUUCGUUUUCUUCAUGUGGAACGAAACUUGUUACAUUCGAAGAAGACUUUAUUAAAGUGUGGGAUGUAAGAAAGAAAGUUAUAUUAAAAGAAGUUCAAACACAACCGUGUCACGCAGAUGAUUAUUGCUUUAUUAAAGGUAACCGAUAUAUUCUUGGACUUGGCGGACUUCCUGGUAAAUUUGCUUUUUGGGAUUCUACAACGUUGGAAAAGCAAGAUAUUAACAACAUUUGUUAUGACCCCUGCUUAAUAACAUAUAAUGAUAACAUUCAAAUUAUUUCAAGUCCCUCAUUGUUUUCUGAUUCUGAGAAUAUUGCAACUCGUCAUUUCCACUUACCAAAUGGCGAAAUAGUUGUGACAAUUAAUAAAAAUUGUUCAAAGCCAUUUACAUGGAAAGGCAGAAAGUGCGUACUUUUUUCAACUUCCUUUCCUUGGAUAGUCUAUGACUUUAUAAAACAGGAAGUUGUCGACACGUUUCGGAUUGGUUGUUUACCAUGUGGAUUCAGUUCUCGUAUUAAAUGGUGGUCAAAAUUAGAUGGGACAAAUUUCCUUAUUUGUUUUGGUGAUAAUCAAGUCAUCCUUCUGUCAUUCGAAAGUAAUCCUGUAGAACCUUCUGUUGCUCCAUUUGUCAACAGCGCUGCGGUUCAAUGCUCUACCGUAUCCGCUGACAAUUUGUAUGUGGUACGCUGUUACGAAAAUUAUAUUUUGGGUAUCUAUAGUGUCGAUAAUGGGAAAUCAUUGCAAACUGUUGAACUGAAACAGUCACCGGUAGCUUGUUGGUGGUCAGAGUUGUAUCUUUGGGUAGUAUGUGAAGAUGUUGUUGUAAAGUUUCCUUAUGACUCUUCUAACUCAAAUGUCUUGGGAAAUAAUAUGGAGGAGUGUAGCAUCAAUUUUGACAGUGUCCUUGAAUUUUCUGAUGGUGUUCUUGUCGUUAACCAUAAUAUGGAGACUUCCAUUUUGAAAAUUUGUAAUGAAAAGCUCUGUCCUCAACAAAUACCUGAUACUCAUUUUCUUGCCUCAUCUGCUGCAGUGAGUUCAGAUGGGUGUGCUGUUUUUUUAUAUUGUUUAUCACUUUCAGAUUAUCAACUAUGGGAAGUGGCAUCUGAGAACAGAUGGGAAUUGAUUUCAUCGUCAAAAUAUAAGUUCAGUUAUAUUGAUGACGUUGAUGGUCUUUUUAUGCUUCUCGCACAAUCUUGGUUCUUCUUAGCUGGCAUACAAAAUUCUCGGCAUUGUCUGUGUGUGAAUGAUAACCCCAUGACUCUCUUCUCCUUUAGUUCCAACCCCAGUUUUUCACUAUGUGUCAUUGAUUUCGCAAAUGAAAUGCAAGACGAAGACGGAAUUGAUAUCGAAGGAGAUUUACGUGAGGUGAUUUAUUCACCCCGUGGCUUUUUUGUUAUUCUUGUGGACUUGUGGAUAUACCUUGUUAAAGUCUCGGAUGGUGAAAUCAUUGCAAUCAAGUUAUUUUUUGAUGUAUGGAAGAAUGAAUGUAUGUUUUAUCUCACUUCACGGGGAGCCCUCCUCUUGCUUCUAAAGAAUGAUUUAAGGUAUUUCAAAAUUCACAAUAUUGAAAAUUACCUUAACUUAUGUUGA